UCGGUCAGUCGGUCGAUGUUUCGCAGGAACAACAGCUCCACGGGCGGCAAGGCCGCCAGCGCGUCCUCGGGCGGCUCGGGCGGCUCGCGCGCCUUCGCCGAGCAGGUGUCGCGCCAGUACGAGGUGCCGCGCGCCAUGACCAAGGAGCGCGUCAAGGAGCUGGCCGCGCUCGGCGAGCGGCGCGCCAACCAGCUCAUCCGCUGGAUCACGGACGACGACCAGGGCGUGGCCGGCUCGGCGGCCGCCAGCGCCGUGCUGCGCCAGCAGAAGGAGAACUUCACGGUCUACGAGAUGCACGACGAGCGCGACGACCUGCUCGUCAUGAAGGGCGUCGUGCGCCUGCAGAACACGACGUGCGACGAGGUCAUGGCGCUGCUCUCGGGCCGCACGGCCGGCGAGGUCGACGCCUUCCUGCAGGACCUGCUGGGCGCGCAGUACGCGGCCGGCCAGGCGCUGCACUACACGGAGGUGAGCACGGACGCCGGCAACGCGCCCGAGCCGAGCCCCGAGCCCGGCACGCCGGCCACGCCCGCCACGCCGCACACGCCGCGCGGCUCCAGACCCACGUCCUCCUCGCUCAUGGUGCAGUGGCUCGCGCUCAACGACGUGCACCCGCAGGCGCCGCUGCGCGAGUUCUUCUUCAUGCGCUUCAACCAGGUCUUCGUCAACGGCAACGGCGGCAACAACCCGCUGGGCGGCGGCGCGUCCUACGGCGUGUCGGUGCUCGAGUCGCUCGAGCUGCCGCGCUGCGGACCCAUCUUCUCGCAGACCCACAUGCAGCGCCAGCCCAUGCACAAGUGCGGUUUCGUCGUCGAGGCCUCCGAGGACAAGAACUCCACCACCACGCGCGUGACCUUCUUCAUCACGGCGCCCUACCGCGCGCCGUCGCUCGAGACCGACCGCGCGUGGCUGCUGCGUCUCGCCGGAUGCGUGCGCCUCGUGCCCAGCGCCAUCGUCAACCGCCGGAUCCGCCGCAACCAGCUGCGCGACCGCCGUAGCUGGCACAUCCGCGACUCGUGCUCCGUGUGCGGCGGCAGCUUCUCCAUGUUCACGCGCCGCCCGCACCACUGCCGCAUCUGCGGCGCCGCCGUGUGCUCCAAGUGCUCGGCCAUCCGCAAGGACGCGCAGCGCUCCAAGCUCUCGAACAGCACGCGCGUGUGCAUGGCCUGCUUGAACGGCGACCAGAACGGGCCCAACGGAGCUUCCGGCUCGUACGACACCCGCAGCGGAGUUAGCAGGACAAGCGCCAGCGACGGAGCGUCCUCCAGCCGUGGGAGCGACGGCGAGUGCUUCGGCAGUGCAGCACACGUGACACUAGAGGAGGCUCUGGCCGCCUUCACGAUCGAGCCGACGCUGGCAGCAACGCUGCCGACGAGCCCGAGCGCCACAUCCAGCAGUGGACUCAGUCAGGGCGGCGAGGACGACGGCGAUGUGUACGCCAACACGCCGUUCGACUACGAGCUGACGUUCAAGAAGGGCAACCCGUGGCCGGACGCUCCGUUGACAGCCACGGAGAAGGAGCGCGUCCAGCGCAUCCAGACGCUCAACCUCUCGCAGGAAUUCGCUAACACCGUGCUCCGUGACCUGCUGCAGCUUGCAGCUACGACUGUGAACUGUUCUGUGGCCGCGUUGUCGGUGGUGACGGCCUCGACGAGUCUGUUCGUGACUACGAUCGGCCUCGUGGGAGACCAGGUGCCGCGUGACAUUGGCAUUGACGCUCACGCUAUCAUGUCGACCGAGCCACUGGUGAUUCUGGACACCCGUAAGGACAUCCGCUUCGCCAAGAACCCGGUGGCGCUGUCCAUGCGUGUGCAGUUCUUCCUGGGCGUCCCCCUCUUCAUCAAGGAGACCGGCGUGGUCGUGGGCGCUAUCUGUAUCGCGGACACGAAGGCUCGUAAGAAGGUCAAGGGCGCGGACCUGCGGGCGCUGCAGGUCAUCGCAGCGCGCAUCGUCGACAAGAUGGACGCGCACAACAACGAGAUGACCGAGAAGGUCACGGAAGGUGUGCGGCUGUUGUAAGCUAGCGUUAGCGCCCAAGCAAGUCCCAAACGUGCCUGAUGCACCCCCAGCAUUAACAUGUUGCGUGCAUCGACCUCGUUUA